AUGGCCGGUUUCAAGCGCGGCGGCGCCCGAGGAGGCAGCACUUUCAAGAAAACCUUCACAAAGAAACGUUCCUCACCCGACGCCGACGACGACAACGCGCCGCGCGCAAGUAAGAAGACCAAGGCCGGAGAUGAUAACGACGAUGAGUCCAUACCUGUGGUGCCGGAGCUCAAGACGGACGACAAUGGUGAUACGUAUGUGAGCCUAAACGCCAGCGGAAAACGACGCGUGACAGUAAGCGACUUCAACAAGAGCACACUCGUUAGCAUACGAGAGUACUAUGUUACCGAUGCUGGAGAGACGAAGCCGGGGAAGAAGGGCAUCUCGCUUGCAAUCGAUCAAUACAACGCUCUACUCGCUUCGGCACCGCUCAUAGAAUCCGCACUUACAAAGAAGGGCAUACAGGUUGUCAGGCCGGAUUAUGAGGCUGAUCUAAGUGCGAAGACUGAGGACAACAAGGAAGAGGUUGAAGACAAGGAAGAAGAGGAUGAGGCUCCAAAGAAGGGAGUAGAUGAAGACGAAGACGAUGAGGAGUAA